CAUGCUUUCGGUUUGGAGACGGUUUCCUGUUCUUCUUGCACAGUAUCCUGUCCCUAGGUGACCCAUGGCUGGCAGAACACAUUUUGUUGAUCGCCACAGGGAGGAUCUGAUAAGCAAGGUGUACCUGGUGGAUCCCAUGCUGGACGGUCUUCUCCAUCACCGGUUAAUAACAGAUGAAGAGUACGACGUUGUGCGCAGCAAACCAAUAUCCCAGGAAAAGAUGAGGCAGGUCUUCCGAUAUAUCAGAAACUGGGACAUGCGCUCCAAGGACAUAUUAUAUAAUAUAUUGAAGAAAAAUAACGGACCGCUUAUCAAUGCCCUGGAAAGCUCAGAGGGAUUACCGCAAAGUCCCAGAGUUGUUCCAAAUGUUCCGGAAACAAGACCACCGAGGAGGCCGGUGCAGCGUGCCGAAGAUGAAGGGGCGGCCUCCAGUAACAUGACCGAUGCCCUGACCUGCUGCGUGUGCAUGGAACUCUAUACGGAUCCGGUGUCUCUGCCGUGUGGCCAUAGCUACUGUAUGGGUUGUAUCACCAGGACGUGGCAGAACCAGCAUCCACGCGUGGCCUCCUGUCCUCUGUGCGCAAGGACCUACCCCAACAGGCCGGAGCUGAACAAGAACUGGGGCCUGUGUGAGUUAGUGGAGGCCUAUAGAGCUCAGCCCGGCCAGCACUCCUAAUACAUGAGGUCCGGGGGGGUCUAUAGGUGAACAGAUCCCCCUGCGGGACCCAAUCAGAUACAGUAAAGCCCAUCUCCGGGGGGAACAACAAUACUCACUUGCGGUGGAGUUGCCCUCACACUUCAGGCUUGAAGAGCUUCUACUGACUAAAUGGCUUUUUACCUUCAUGCAUUCUAAUACUUGGCGCUCCAACUAUUUAAAGCCUUUGGGCCAGAUUCUCGUAUAUCUGGGCGUAAAACUAUGCGGGCGUAACGUAUCUCAUUUACGUUACGCCGCCGCAA